UUUUUCUUGGUAUUAAAUUACGUUAAUUUCGAAUUUGCACUCUUUUUCUCCCUGACACCCACACUAACCCAUUUAUCUCUACCCCCUUGACGAGCACCAGCAGCAACAGAACCCUCGGAAUGAAUCUCCCUCGACGGCCAGAGGCUGAAAUUAGCCAACUCACAUGGCAAUUCACAGUCCCGCUGAAGCCUGGCGCGUGCACAGUUGUGGACUGGUCUACGAGUGCGGUAACCGAAGACAAAACCGGGGCACACGCGACGUCAUUGAGCAAAACUCUGACGACAACUCGGCCAACAACGACGCAUCAAGCGACUCGGACUCGGAGGCAGGCGGCGGCGGAUACGCCAGCGGGACGACGGCGCUGCCACCGGCCAUCGCCAACGACCCGUUCUUUGCACGGCUGUUGCGCAACGCCGAGCUACGGGACGCAGCAGAAAAGGCCAGCUCGGCAAAGAAGGCUAAGCGGCGGGCAGCCAAUAGACGCAAGGCCAAGGAUACGGCUGAUGAUAUGUAUGAUCUGGAUGACCCGUUUAUUGACGACAGCGAACUGACGUUUAUGGACGGACACCAGCAUGCGAAAAGGCAGAAGCGGCAGAAGCGCAAAAAGAACGAGAGCGAGGCCGAGGGCACGAGCGCGGAGGGCAUGAGUAUCGACGAUGCGGAUGACGUAGCGCGGCAGAUGGAUGAGGUCGAUCGGUUUGAUGAAGAAGACUUUUUCGUGUAUUUCGGACCGCUCAACGAGGCAGACGAGGACGAGCAGAGCCUUGAAACAGAGGCUGCCGGCGGCAGCUGCGGCAGCAACAGCAACUAAGAAGCAGCGGAAACGGCCAGAGAAGAAGGCCACAAAUGGCGCGACGAAGCGGAAAUCAACUGGCGGCUCAAAGAGUGACAUGGAGAUGGCCUCCAGCAAGAAACGCCAGGGAGCGGUCAUGGCUGCGGAUCAAAAGCAGCUGAAUUCGCACACGAAUGGCACGACCAGCGAUGCAGGCACGCAGCUGAUUCCGAGCAACGGGCGUAAGGGAGGACCGCGCACCAGCAGGAAGCUUGAUCACAAGUCCCACGCAUCGGAACCAGGGCCAGGUUGCAGGUACUGAACCACCAAAAUCAAAGCGGACCACCGAUUCCAGCGCGUGACAGGCUCA